GGUAUUUGUAGUUCUGUUUUUUUUUUUUUUAAGACAAAAGGAGAAGUGUGUCUCCGAUGUCUCUGCGAAUCUGUUCCAGAUUUUUAUAAAGCCUUUUCUUUUUCCCGGAAAGUACGCUGCAAACAGAUAAUUCUCGGGUUAAUUUCUCUGAGCAUUUUCCCGUCUUGUUUUUUUUUUCUUGUUGGGAAAUUUGAUAUUUUUGUCGUCUCAGACAAAUAUAUAGUUCGGCUUUUUAUUCUCCUGCUGCUUCAAUGGCUUCUCACGUCCCAAAACCUUCCCAUAAAACCAUUGAAGAUACGAUGAAGAACCUCAAGGUGGAUCCUCUUGCAAAGAUCACCGACUCUGGCACUGACAAGGUAUCUUCGUCAGGAGAUGUGAAAGGUAGUGUUGCUGAAAGUGAUGAUGCAGAUUAUGAAUCUCUUGAGACAUACCAAGGGUUGCCAUGUCCUUAUGGUGGCUACUAUGGAUUCUAUUAUCCAGGUCUUGAUGGUUCAGUUGGAGAAGCAAAGGAUCAAGGACACUAUGGUUAUGGAACAGAAGUUCAAUACCCGGUUAUGCAUGGGGAAAACGGUUCUUUGAUCUAUUUGAUGCCGGGAAUCCAACCAUUUGAUGUCAGUAACACAUACUUGCCUGUAAGCCCGGUUGGUGUUGAUCCUCAGUACACAAGUCAGACACUGCAUUCAUCCGCUCCGAUGUUUGCAGCUCAUGGAUAUCUUCCGAACCCUUACGGUUAUGGAGAUAUUAUGUCACCCACCUACUUGUGGGACCCGUCUCUUCUUGCUGGAGAUGGCGCAUUUGGAGACACAUAUGGAUAUGGUUUAGUUGCAAGUCCCCCUGGCCUAAGACAGAACCUGUCUUCUUCGAGCCAUAAUCACUCGAAGAGCAAGACUUCCUUCUCUUCUUUGAAUGCCUUGCCCGGUCAUAGUAUAGGCAAUCAGCCUAAAACUCCAAGCAAGAACGGCUCAGUUCUCCAAUCACAUAUACAGCGAAAAGGGUACUUCCCAUUAACAGCAUUUCCGCCGUAUAGUCAAGAAAGAACUGGAAUGUAUUACCCGACUGAUGCUAUGUGGAAAAGGGCUGGAUCUUUUGAUUGGGCUGCAACCGAGAGGGUGAAAGCAAGAAACAAAGUUAAUGGCAGCAGUAUCCGCGAAUUUGCCAAUGGCCAAGCUCAUCUUACAAAUGGAGGAAACCAUCCUUGUUCCUUGUCCAAUGACGGGAAUGAGAAAAGAAACUCGGAAGCUUCUGUUGUAAUCAGAAAGGAUCAAUAUAACCUCCCUGGCUUUCAGACCAUGUAUGAUAAGGCAUUGUUCUUUGUGAUCAAAUCAUACAGCGAAGAUGACGUUCACAAGAGCAUCAAAUACAAUGUCUGGUCCAGCACUCCCAAUGGGAACAAGAAGUUGGAAAAUGCAUACCAAGAGGCUCAGAAGAAGAAUGAGGAGGAGGGUGUCAAGUACCCGGUUUUCCUUUUCUUUUCGGUGAAUGCAAGUGGUCAGUUCUGUGGUGUAGCUGAAAUGAUUGGUGGGGUGGAUUUCGAGAAGAGCAUGGAUUUUUGGCAGCAAGAUAAGUGGACUGGUUAUUUCCCGGUCAAGUGGCACAUCAUCAAAGAUGUCCCAAAUCCCCAGUUACGGCAUAUAGCACUUGAGAACAAUGAAAACAAGCCUGUGACCAAUAGCAGAGACACACAAGAGGUGAGGUUACCUCAAGGGAAUGAAAUUCUGAACAUCUUCAAGAACUACACAGCAAAAACCUCCGUAUUAGACGACUUUGAUUUCUAUGAAAGCCGCGAGAAAGUGAUGCAACAGAAGAAGCAAAGGUCUUCAGUGCAUAACGUCGCUCAAAUAAAGAAGACAGAUGACUUGGUAGCUGGUUUCCGGGCAAUGGACAUAUCGGCAGCCAAAGCCGUUGAAUCAGAAGGGGGAAACAGAGACAGAUUGAAGGAAGUAGCAAAUUGAUGGGUUUGAACUAACACGUAAUGUCUGGUUUGGUGUUGGGACCAAAGCUUUGGAAGGCAUAAAUUCUGAUUCUGAGACAGGACAAGACGUGUGCCAUGGAAUAUGUAUAUAUGGGUUCCCUUUGUAUCUUGUGGUAUGGUAUGUGUAAUUGGGGAUUGAGAUGUUUGGGUGUGUGUUUCUAAUUUGUUCGCCCUUCGUAUCACAAGGAAAGCCCACGGUUUGAUCAAUAGUGAAAGAAAGGAUA